AAGUUCAGGUUUCAUUAGGUGUUAAAAGUGCUUGGGACCGUAUUUUGGUCAUUUCGCCUUUGCCUUCGGGUCAUAUCAUAGACCAAUCCAGCUUUGUAGAAGACGUGAUUACCUUGCCAAUUUUCCAAAAAUCGCGGCGCAGCGUAGACAAAUCUCCGUCAAUACUGAGCAACUGAAUACCUGUUCAAACGCCCCUUUACUUAAGUUCCAUAUAUCCCGUCCGAGGUUUACCGAUCCCUCGCGAUGUCUGAGCACGAACCACGUCGAUCCGUGCGAGCUACCAAGGGUCAGCACACGAAAGCCUUCGAUCAACUCGAGAACGGACCCGAACCGAAGCGAAAACAGACUAAGAAGGGAGGCAAGAAAGUAGAGAAAGAUGAGAAGCAAGACGAAGAAGAGAUCAUUCGAUGUAUCUGCGGUGCCACGACGCAAGACGACGACGCUAAUGAAGCCUGGAUUGCUUGCGAUCAAUGUGGUGCCUGGCAGCAUAAUGUAUGUAUGGGGUUGAGCAUCUUUACAGAAGAUUUACCGAAGGAAUACUACUGCGAAGAAUGUAAGCCCGUCGACCACAAGAUCACGCUUGACGCCAUAAAGAAGGGAGAGAAGCCAUGGGAAGAUCGUCAGCGCAAGCGUCAGGAGGAGGAAGAGAAGAAGCGCAAGAAAGGCGGCAGAAAGACUAAGGGCAAGAGAACAAGCGACACGAAGGACCGCGCAUCGCCGAGUGCUAUUUCUACUACUACUACUACUGCUGCUGCUGCUCCUACUUCUACUACUGCUACGAACGCAAAAGCGAAGCCAUCCCCAACGCCCGACGUUAAGAAGGAAGGCAGUGUCGCCGAAUCUGAGCCGGUCGUAAAGGGCAAACGUAAGUCCCGCGAUCAUUCCCAAGGACCACAAGCCAAGCAUCGCAAAGUUGCAGCAGAGCCGACCCAGGCAGGCCCUUCGGUGCCUAAAUACACUCCCCCGAGCGAUCUACCGGACAGCAUCCAGAAGUUGGAAGGUCCUCGAAGACAAGCAGCACAAGGCCUACAGAAGUCACUUGACGCUGCCAUCGAUCUCGCCGAGAAGAAAAAGCUCUACUCUAUACCCCAAGGCUCUUCCAAGAAGAUCGUCACCGAGCGUCUAGCUAUUGAGAUCGAGCGUGCUUUCCUUGAUACCCACCCAAAUACUUCACACAAUGCCUCGCAGCUUCGUACACUUAUGUUUAGCCUGAAGAAUAAUGUUGAGCUUGCGGCUCAAGUGUUACAGAGGGCAUUGCCACCCCCCUCGUUUGUGGUCAUGACUGGCGAUGAACUAGCAACUAAGGAGCAACAACGCGAGACUGCCGAGAUGAAAGCUCGCGCAGAGAAGCAAUCUAUCUUAAUUACGGACGAUGGACCACGAGUCCGACGAACUCAUAAGGGUGAAGAGUUGGUAGAGCAAGAGAACUUUGCAGUCGAAGCUGAGGAUGCGUCCCACAUUCGCCGACAAGGCCCUAGAGAGGCAAGCGAAACGGGCAACGCGAACAGCGAACCUACUUCAUCAUCUGCCGACAAGGUGCCAUCGUCCACCAACGCUAGUAGGUCCAACUCGACAAGCGGUCCUCUCCGAAUCGAGACUCAACCCCAGCACUCGCCUAAGAGGCCUGACUUCGAUAUUGGCAAGGUCUUUUCUAGCGUACGUUCACCUUCAGCUACGCACCAAAGACGAGCCUCUGCCCAGGUUCAGCCAGCUGGUCCGGUCGACGAUCCUGAAGUAGAUCGAUUGCUCCAAGAAGACGGAACAGAUUCGCCACCGUAUUCUCCCUCUGAGAAUAUUGACCCCGAAGUUGUCUGGCGUGGUCCCUUAGUCAUGACCAAUGUGGGCGAAGUCGAUGUUGUAGCAAAGUAUGCUGGUGGAGCCGAUCUUAGCAAGGUUAGAAACGUCGCAUGGAAGGACCUUAUACCCCCUCUGCUCAUGGUUGCCGGUCGAAUAACCGAAGAGAAGGCUAUUCCUUACCUAUGCGGCAUGAGGUAUAACAACCAGGUUGACUUAGUAAUUACUAGUCUCACCCCAAGCCAUCCAGCAGAUUCCAAUGCGCGCCAGCAGUUUCAGAAGAUAAUCGAUUAUUUUCAAUCGAAGAAGCGAUAUGGAGUUGUCAAUGAAAAGAAGCUUGGCAAUGUUAGAGACACGUACUUGGUGCCCGUGGCAGAAGGUGAUGGCCCAAUUCCCGAGCCGGUACAGAACAUCGAUGGCCAUAUGGUUCCGCUGAAGCGUUCGGAGCCCAUGCUCUUGAUGAUAUUCGUUUAUCGGGACGAGAAGCACUUCCAAAUCCCGCUCGAUCAGCAACGAUCUGAAUUGCAGAAAGCUGCUUCGGUAGCAUCACCAUCUCAAGGAACCCCGACUCCCUUUCAGUCGAGACAAUCCAUGUCGGGUCCGACAUGGUCGCCCGCAACUCCACAAGGAUCAUUCGGCAGCCAGAGUGCAGCACCGCCCCACUAUAACCAGACGCCAGUUCCACCGCCAAAGAUUCCAGGUCAGUCGGUGAUGCCAACACAGCGCCCGGCUCCAGCACUUCCAAUGCAGGUGACGCAGGAUCCCAUGGUGCCCGCUUUACGAGCUGCGCAAGCCGAGGGCGAGACGAAGGCCAAAGAAGUUCUUGGUGAGCUUUUCGAUAGUCCCAUUGUCUCAUUCCUGCUCCCUCAUGCCGCACGUAUGAAGGAAGGUGAAUGGACAGCUGUCCGCCGAGCUCUAGAACGAGAUAGCAGAGCCCGUAACGACUUGCAGCUUCUGAGCAAACUCCUUACUGAGGAUGGUAACAACGUUCGCAAGCCAGGUCCUCAAGCGAACACAGCACCGUCUGGUCUUGUCCAGACUACUCUCGCUGCUGCGACGAAUGAAAGUUCGGCACCAGCGGCUCAACCCAAAACUUGAUUCUCUGAUUCCUCAAUCGCAGAGAUCAUUUUGUUUAGCUAGCAAUUCCAACGGUAGGGACUGGAAUUUUGGUACUGGUCCACACAACGAAGUUUUGAAACAGGUUCAAUUCAUACUCGGUUCCAUUGAGCUAGCAUGGAACACUUACAUGAUUGGU